AUGGCUCCCAAGCCGAAGGGGAAGGCUCCAGUUACUACACCUCGCAAGCGACCAGCGGCCCAGAUGUCCAGCUCUCCCGAGUCGCAGGCGCCCGCCAUGCCUGUUCCUUCUGUUGUCGCCUCCUCCACAUCACGUUCUCGCACUGUCCAUCCGUAUCAUUCGCCUGAAGUCGAGGACGAAGCUGAGGAUCUCGAAGGCUCCGUCGUUCCUGAUUUGUAG